CCGGCAGUUGGGAGGCGCGUGAGACGAGGAGCGCCGCUUUCCCUGUGCUGUUCUCGUCUAGUAUAGCAGCCUUCAGGCCUGGGUCUGCGUCCGCCAUGGGUAAGGUGAAUGUGGCCAAGUUGCGUUACAUGAGCCGGGAUGACUUCAGGGUCCUCACCGCGGUUGAAAUGGGCAUGAAGAACCAUGAAAUCGUUCCCUGCAGUUUGGUUGCUUCUAUAGCCAGCCUUAAACAUGGUGGUUGUAACAAAGUUUUAAGAGAAUUAGUGAAACACAAACUCAUAGCUUGGGAGCGAACCAAAACUGUCCAGGGCUAUCGAUUGACAAAUGCAGGCUAUGAUUACCUAGCUUUGAAAACACUUUCUUCUAGACAGGUGGUUGAGUCUGUUGGAAACCAGAUGGGUGUUGGCAAAGAAUCUGAUAUUUACAUUGUUGCAAAUGAAGAAGGGCAGCAAUUUGCUUUAAAGCUUCACAGACUGGGAAGAACCUCCUUUCGAAAUCUGAAAAACAAGCGUGAUUACCAUAAACACAGGCAUAGCGUGUCUUGGCUCUAUUUAUCUCGUCUGUCUGCCAUGAAAGAAUUUGCUUAUAUGAAGGCAUUGUAUGAAAGGAAAUUUCCAGUUCCAAAGCCAGUUGAUUAUAAUCGCCAUGCAGUGGUCAUGGAACUCAUAAAUGGCUAUCCUCUAUGUCAGAUACAUCAUAUUGAAGAUCCUGCAUCCGUAUAUGAUGAAGCUAUGGAACUAAUUGUUAAACUUGCAAAUCAUGGACUAAUUCAUGGAGAUUUCAAUGAAUUCAAUCUCAUUUUGGAUAAAGAUGACCACAUCACCAUGAUUGAUUUUCCACAAAUGGUUUCAACAUCUCAUCCCAAUGCUGAGUGGUAUUUUGAUAGAGAUGUUAAAUGCAUUAGAGAUUUCUUCAUGAAACGUUUCAGCUAUGACAGUGAGCUUUUUCCAACCUUAAGUGAUAUCAGGAGGGAGGACUCUCUUGAUGUAGAGGUUUCUGCCAGUGGCUACACAAAGGAAAUGCAGGCAGAUGAUGAACUGCUUCAUCCAGUAGGUCCAGAUGAUAAAAAUAUUGAAACUGAGGAGGAAUCUGAAUUCUCAUUUUCUGAUGAAGAGGUGUCAGAAAAAGCGAAGGAUUGUAGGUCAGAGAAUGAAAGUGGACUGAACACUAUAGAUGAUUGCUAUUGCGGAUCAUCUGGAGACCUUGAGCAAAUAAAGGAAGACAGUUUGUCAGAGGAGAGUGCUAAUCCACACAGUUUUGAAAUGACUGAAUUCAGUCAAGCUUUAGAAGAAGUAAAAAGGCAGAUUGUUGAAAACAGUUCUAUAACUGAGUUUUCUGGGGAGGCUAAAAAUGACACCAGGCAAGAUGGUCAAGGAGGAAUCCCCAUGGGCUCUGAGGAGGAUGAAGAUGAGUGCCCGCAUCUGAUUGCCUUGUCAUCAUUAAACAAAGAAUUCCGACCUUUCAGAGACGAAGAAAAUAUGGAAGAUACUAAACAAUAUAGAGCAAGAACUCUGAGUGUUACUUCCGCGAGCAGUAUUUUAAGCUGUUCAACAAUUCCUCCGGAAUUGGUGAAACAGAAGGUGAAACGUCAAUUGACAAAACAGCAAAAAUCAGCUGUCAGACGUCGAUUGCAGAAAGGAGAAGCAAAUAUAUUUACCAAGCAACGGAGAGAAAACAUGCAAAAUAUUAAAUCAAGUUUGGAAGCAGCUAGCUUUUGGGGAGAAUAAUAUAUAUAAGAUCUUGAAAGUUUUCCAAAAAGUUACUAUGUCCAUUUUUUAGCCACCUUUAGUAUUUUUUUGGACCAAGGCAGAUAUACUUAAAUAGAUAAAAUAAACCCUCUUUCAUUGAUAAA